AUGUCUUCUGAUGUGGCUUAUAGCGAUGGCCCUCCUGAGAAUUACGAUAUGUUUGUCGAUGCUCAGGCUGGUGACAUCCAGGCUGCCGACAUCCUGGCCGCCGAUAUCCUGGCUGGACAUUUUCAGACAGGCGAUGACUUAGCAUGCACCACUUAUGGUGGCAAUGAUCCGGGCGGUGACGUCCAAAAUGGCGACGAAGAUCUCAAGCCCCCUCAGCAGCGCGGCUGGAUUGAACCAAGCGCCUACGAUUACGAAAGUUUCGCGCAGCAUGGCGCCACAGCUAGUGCUAUGUGGGCUGGCGGUGCUGCUCGCUAUGAGUGGCAGGACGACUUUGGUGAUAUCGCUCCUCGCGACCUCCAGCUUGAAGAGGAGCUGUUUAAUGGUAACAACUCCUCGUCCGCUGGUGACCACAUCCACAAUCUUAACAACGUUCCUCCCGUCUACGCCGAGAGUACUAACAAGGUUGACCCAAUUGACAGCUGGGAGGAUGCCGGCCUGCACCCUACAGUUCUCGAGAACAUCGCACUUUGCAAGUGGGAGGCCCCCACUAUCAUCCAACGUUGCACCAUUCCCGCGAUUACGCAGAACAAGGACUUGAUCGCCGUUGCUCAUACUGGUUCUGGCAAAACCGGUGCAUACUUGAUCCCCAUUUGCUCUAAGCUCAUGGGCAAAAAGAAGAAGUGGGCUGCCCCACGCCCUCGCCCUGGGUCCGGUGAUGAGCGCCUGCAGCGAGUCACCGCUGAGCCUCUUGUGCUCAUCUUGGUUCCCACGCGUGAGCUAGCAACUCAAAUCUUCGAUGAGACUCGCCGUCUCUGCUACCGUUCGAUGCUUCGCCCCUGCGUCGCUUACGGUGGUGCUCCCAUUAGAAUGCAGCGCGAGGAUCUGCAGAUGGGAUGUGAUCUCCUGAUUGGUACUACUGGUCGGAUCCUGGACUUUAUGAGCCAGCCCCAUGUGCUUUCGUUCAAGCGCAUCAAGUUUGUUGUGCUUGAUGAAGCUGACGAGAUGCUGCACUCAGAUUGGCAGGAGGACGUUCGCCGCAUCAUCUCCGGCGGUGAUAUGAAUGAGGAUGCUGACAAGCGUAUCUUGCUGUUCUCGGCUACUUUCAGCAAGGCAUGUCGCGAGGUUGCCUGCGAAUAUCUCGACCUGGACUAUAUUGGCAUCUCGAUUGGCCGUCCCGGUAGCUCUCACGUCAACGUGAAGCAGCAGAUUUUCUACGCAGAGCGCGAGAUGAAGGACAAGGCGUUGUACGACCUUAUUCUUAGCUGCCACCCUGCCCGUACCCUGUGCUUUGUCGGUAGCAAGGCUGGUGUCGACCAUGUCGACGAUUUCCUUUUCCAUAUGGGUAUCCCCGUUACCUCGAUCCACGGUGACCGUACUCAGCUGGAGCGUGAGGACGCAAUACGUUCUUUCCGCGACGCAAAGUCGCCCGUGAUGGUUGCCACUGGCCUCUCGGCCCGCGGCCUCGACAUUCCGCGCAUCAUGCACGUUAUCAACUAUGAUCUCCCUCGUACCGAGCACGGCGGUAUCACCGAGUACAUUCAUAGAAUUGGACGUACCGCUCGCAUUGGCAACUUGGGAGUUGCCUCCUCGUUCUACAACGAGUAUGACGAGGAAAUUGCCAGUAACCUGGUGAAGGUUCUUCUUGAGAACAAGGAACCCAUUCCGGAUUUCCUGGAAGUUUUCCGUCCCAAGGGUGAUAAGCUUGUUUUCGAAAGCGAUGAUGAGGAGCCUAACUCCGGCUCUGAUACUGAGAAUGGUGGAAGCAAUGACGGUGAUGAACAGGCUGCUUCUUGGGAUGACGAGGACUCCACCUGGGACGAUAAGCCUCCCGCCACCAAGAGCAAGAACGACGAUGACUGGUAG